AUGAAGUUGGUCCGUUUUUUGAUGAAACUUAUCCAUGAGACGGUAACGAUCGAACUGAAGAACGGCACUCUCGUCCACGGAGGAAUCAUCGGUGUAGAUGUGGCUAUGAACAUGCACCUGCGAUCGGUAAAGAUGACUCCAAAGAAUAAGGAUCCUAUCAGUUUGGAUUCCCUUUCCAUCCGCGGAAACAAUAUUCGAUAUAUAAUUCUGCCGGAUUCUCUCCCGCUGGACACCAUGCUCAUUGAUGAUGAGCCGCGUAAGAAGGCAGCCAGAGCUCGUGCUGGUGCUCGUGGCAGAGGACGUGGUGGUCCUCGUGGAAGAGGCAGGGGUGGACCACGUGGCCGCGGUGCACCUCGUGGAAGAGGUCGCUAA